UGUAAAAGUAACAACAACGCGGAGCAGAAAAUUGAACUUCGUUUUGCGAAUGUUCGUGUGCGUCGAUCGAUGCAUAAUUUUUCACAAAUAUCAUUGUUUAGUUUGUGUACCCCGGAAUAAUCGAUUCGAAAUUCGUAAGAAACGUUCCGAAGAACCGUAAUGGUUCUUCAGAUGCUCAAAUUUACAGAAACGCCUUAAAAGCUGUGAGGCGGGAAUAGCCAUUACGAAACGCUAUCGGCGCUGUGCGGCAUCUUCGAGAACACAGGCACGACUCGAAGGUCCAAGAUAUAAUCUUGAAACCCCAGGUAACAUGAACGGAUCCUCCCGCAGUAAGUUCGGGUCGCUCAUAGGUGUUCUUUACGUGGGCCAUUCCAGUUGCAAAUUUCUGAUAUUCGCAGCCAAAAAUGCAGAGGUGAUGACAUGCCACGAAGAGAAGCUAGAGAUAAUGUCACCCCAAACAGGCUGGGUCGAGUUUGAUCCGGGCCAGAUUUGGAAUGCAUGUUGGGAAUGUAUAGAACGGGCUAUUCAAAAUCUCAUGCUUCUGGACAUAGAUCCUCUGACGCUGGUAACCAUAGGCUUAUGCAAUCAACGCGAAACCUGUGUCCUGUGGGAUCGUACGAGCGGUCGACCGUUAUGUAAUGCUAUCGGAUGGUGCGAUACACGUACUUCCGGUGUGCUGGAUGGCCUUCUGGGACGCGUUAACGGGAACAUUAACUACCUGAAGGCGGUCUGUGGGUUACCUUUGGCGAAUUGUUUCAGCGCCGUUAAAAUCCGGUGGAUGUUGGGCAAUUGCGUUGACGAUAAAGUGAACAAGGAACAUUUAGCUUUCGGUACACUGGACAGUUGGAUCAUAUGGAAUCUAACGGGCGGCGUGAAUGGAGGGGUCCAUGUGACCGAUGUCACUAACGCUUCUAGAACUAUGCUGAUGAACUUGGAAACCUUACAGUGGGAUUCAAGGCUGUGCUGCUUUUUCAAUAUUCCGCAGCACAUUUUGCCACAUAUUAGAAGUUGCGCGGAAAUCUACGGCUACGUAGGACAUAGCUCGUUAACUGGUAUCCCUAUUUCAAGUUGCAUUGGUGAUCAACAAGCCGCACUUCUCGGCCAGAUGUGCCUUAACGCUGGUCAGGUUACAUGCAACCUGGACGAGGGAGCUUGUCUCAUGUUCAAUUCGGCACAAGAGAUAAUCGAUUCCGAUCAUGGUCUGCUAUCAACGGUUGCAUUCAAAUUGGGCUCUAAGGCAGAAACUUUCUACGCUCUCGAAGGAAUGAUUCCCCAUGCUGGAAAUGCGCUCAGCUGGAUGAACGAAAAUUUGCUUCUAACAGACAGCCAGCAUCGAAAUGGUUCUCUUUCUCAAAGCUUCCUAGCCGAAACUGCCGGUCAACCGGCACUGUUGACCUCUGUUUGUUCCAUGAAUUCAUCGUUUGGCACUGUGGCAGAUUCUAUGAUAAAGCUUUCCAAUCCCAAUAACGAAGUUAUAAUAGUUCCAGCCUUCAGUGGUUAUUAUUCACCGUAUUGGAGGCAUAAAGCACGUGCAAUGCUCUUCGGCCUCUCACUGCAAACGACGUCCCAGCAAAUUCACUACGCUGGCUUUGAGGCAAUUUGCUAUCAAGUACGUGAAGUGUUAGAAUCGCUGGCCAAGGAUUGCCCCAUGUGGCCUCCAAUAACAAAACUUGUGGCUGGUGGUGAUUUGAGCGAAAAAUCCUUCCUGAUGCAAAUGAUAAGCGACUUGUGUGGCGUUAGUGUCGAACGCCCACAAACCUCUACUCCCGCAUGUUUGGGUGCCAUGCUUGCCGCCGGAUUGGCCAUUGGUAUUGUUACCCUCGAUGAGUUCCGAUCUAGCUGCAUUCCACCGGUGGAUUAUUUUGCUGCCGUCUUAAAUUCUAGUCAACGAAACAUGAAAUUUCGAAAGUGGAAAAUCGCUGUAGAUCGGUGCCUCAAUUUCGAUUCCGUAUCGGAAGAUUUAUCUAAAUUCCAACAAGAGGAUAGAGAUCCCGAAUACUCUGUACGCUGUUCCAUUCCCGGGAGCGUUUAUCUGGUUUCAUCAUUUGCGCUACUAGUGCUGGCACAAAUACUUCCUCAAAAUGGUGCGAAUAUAGUGCCGUGAACACAUGUCGAAACAAUUCGAAAUAUCUUUUAUGACGAAUAACAAAUACGAAUACCAUAAUACACAUUUAAGUAGGUUUUUUUUUCUUUAAGCAAUUAUUUUACUGUAGAGAAUAUUUCUCGCUGAAAAACAAUACUUUCGCGUGUUGCUUUAAAAAUGUUCCAGAUCCAUUCUCAACGCAAAGGAUGGUGUAGAGCAAAUAGAUAUUGUUCACAUUUCAUAUAAUGCCAUCGUUGAAUAAUAAGAACAGAUACAAUAAAUGUUGGAAGUUGUU